AUGACCCCGAUCGUCGUCCGGAAAACGUUGAGCAUUGCCAGUCGCCAGAAACACUCUGCGCUUGCAGUCGUCCCGAAACGAAUCGCCAUGCGGUUGCAGGGCUUUGCUUUGGCAUAA